AUGACGGGCUGCAGCGGGGUCUGGGACAACAUCACAUGCUGGCGCCCUGCGGAUGUGGGAGAGACGGUCACUGUGCCCUGCCCGAAGGUGUUCAGCAACUUUUACAGCAGACCAGGAAACUUAAGCAAAAACUGUACGAGUGACGGAUGGUCGGAGAUGUUUCCAGACUUCAUAGACGCGUGUGGCUACAGUGACCCCGAGGACGACAGCAAGAUCACAUUUUAUGUUCUGGUGAAGGCCAUUUACACCCUGGGCUACAGCGUCUCUCUGAUGUCCCUUGCAACCGGAAGCAUAAUUCUUUGCCUCUUCAGCUCUUACACCUUCACCCAGGGUGUCCUGCCACUGCCCGAGCUUUACCAGGCAGAGGACGGAGGCCCAGAGAAGCUGCUGGUGCUGCAGGAGUGCUGCGCUGGCGAGGCUCUCACCCUGGCCGCCAGCACCCCCCAUCCUGCCGGGCGCUGGUGUCCUGCAGAGUCCAGCUCCAGCCACCACCAAGGAGCAGAUUCCAGCCUUGCCCAUGUGGAAGCCACACUUUGA